CCUCCCCCUCCGGCCGCGGUCGCAAUUACGCUCUCUGCGGCCUGCAGUGAGCGGGCUGUUACUGGCCGAAGACGCAGCGCAGUCGAAAAUCGAAGGAGCGUUAGGCCAAAGGGGUGAGCCAGCCAGGAUUCUGAGACCCUUCACAGCUUGAGGCCGGCGAAAGGAAAUGAAACAGGCGGGAACCGGCGGGGGAGGGAGGGAUCUAGCGGAAGGUGUCAUGGCGGCCUCGGUCUGGGUCACGUGGCCGGCAGGCCCGCCUUGGUACUUCCGGUCACGUGUCCUCAGAGUCCUCGCAGCCAGCGAUGGAGGCGAGACCCCCCAGUAACAGAGGCAGUGGCGACGGCGGUGGCUACUGGGUUUCUGCCUCUUCCCGGCAGCGUCUCUAAGCAGCGCAGCGGAACUCGACCCGACCCAGCCCAGUUACUUACUACCCAGGGCCGUAGCUCUCACUUGCACUUUCUAGGCAUCAUGGCAACUUCAUCUGAAGAAGUUUUGCUGAUUGUAAAGAAGGUGCGUCAAAAGAAGCAAGAUGGAGCUUUAUACCUCAUGGCAGAAAGGAUUGCUUGGGCGCCUGAAGGCAAAGAUAGAUUUACAAUCAGCCAUAUGUAUGCAGAUAUUAAAUGCCAGAAAAUCAGUCCAGAAGGAAAAGCUAAAAUUCAGCUUCAGCUGGUGUUGCAUGCAGGGGACACAACUAACUUCCAUUUUUCCAAUGAAAGCACAGCAGUGAAAGAGCGAGAUGCAGUGAAAGACCUUCUUCAGCAGCUGCUGCCCAAAUUCAAGAGGAAAGCAAAUAAAGAACUGGAAGAGAAAAACAGAAUGCUGCAAGAAGAUCCUGUUUUGUUUCAGCUUUAUAAAGACCUUGUUGUGAGUCAAGUGAUCAGUGCUGAGGAAUUCUGGGCCAAUCGUUUAAAUAUAAAUGCAACAGAGAGUUCUUCUACAUCCAAUCAUAAGCAGGAUGUUGGCAUUUCUGCAGCAUUUCUGGCUGAUGUCCGGCCCCAAACAGAUGGAUGUAAUGGUCUGAGAUACAAUUUAACCUCUGAUAUCAUUGAGUCCAUAUUUAGGACCUACCCAGCAGUAAAAAUGAAAUAUGCAGAAAAUGUUCCUCACAACAUGACAGAAAAGGAAUUUUGGACACGUUUUUUCCAGUCCCAUUAUUUUCACAGGGACCGGUUGAAUACAGGGUCAAAAGACCUCUUCGCAGAAUGUGCCAAAAUAGAUGAAAAAGGGUUAAAAACCAUGGUUUCGUUAGGAGUAAAAAACCCACUGCUUGAUUUGACAGCUUUGGAAGAUAAACCGUUAGAUGAGGGCUAUGGCAUUUCUUCUGUGCCAUCUACUUCCAAUUCCAAAUCGAUAAAGGAGAAUAGUAAUGCUGCCAUCAUCAAGAGGUUUAACCAUCACAGUGCCAUGGUCCUGGCAGCAGGUCUCAGGAAGCAAGAAGCACAAAAUGAACAAAAUGGUGAGCCCAGCAGCAUCGAUGGAAAUUCUGGAGAUGCAGAUUGCUUCCAGCCAGCAGUCAAAAGGGCGAAGUUACAAGAGUCCAUUGAAUAUGAAGACUUGGGAAAAAAUAAUUCCAUAAAAACAAUUGCACUAAACCUCAAGAAGUCAGAUAGGUAUUAUCAUGGUCCAACUCCAAUCCAGUCACUACAGUAUGCAACAAGUCAGGACAUCAUUAAUUCCUUUCAGAGUAUUAGGCAAGAAAUGGAAGCUUAUACACCCAAAUUAACUCAGGUUCUCUCAAGUAGUGCUGCCAGUAGUACUAUCACAACUCUGUCGCCUGGAGGAGCACUUAUGCAGGGAGGGACACAGCAAGCCAUAAACCAGAUGGUGCCAAAUGAUAUUCAGUCUGAAUUGAAACACCUAUAUGUGGCUGUUGGGGAACUUCUACGGCACUUCUGGUCCUGCUUUCCUGUUAAUACACCAUUCCUAGAAGAAAAGGUAGUGAAAAUGAAAAGUAAUUUGGAACGAUUUCAAGUUACAAAGCUCUGCCCAUUCCAAGAAAAAAUUCGAAGACAGUAUUUAAGCACAAAUCUGGUAAGUCACAUAGAGGAGAUGCUCCAGACCGCCUACAACAAGCUCCACAAGUGGCAGUCACGGCGUCUGAUGAAGAAAACGUGAGGUGUCCCUGGCUCUCACAGGUUUUGUGAGAUCAAGAGAACUGUGACCUGCCGCGACUGUGGAAACCUGGCCUGAGACAUGCCGAUGAUCACAGCAGUGACACACAUCUGCACCAUGCCAACUCUCGGAGCUGAUGCUGUUGUACUUGCACAUUGUGAACUGAAAGGAAAGGAACUGUGACUAAACUCGAAGCUGGGGAGGUAAAUUAAGGCAGAACCAAAAUGAGCUAAGUUGCAAAUAUAUAUAUAUGCAUAUAUAUAUAUUUUAAAGAGACACUGUUUACUGCAGUUACUCAGGAACUGCUUUUGAUUCACAUUAAGCUGCUUUCAGAAAUUAAAAAAAAAACUUUUUAAAAGGGUGCAUUGAUAAAAUCUGAGGUUUUUUUUUUUCCUUUGUAAAUUUUCUUCCUAAGUUUAUGGCACAGGGUACACCUUAAGUAUUUCUCCUCCAUCCUCCACUUGGAUCCUCAAGUUGUACUGAAUUCUAGUCGUACCUUCCAUCAGCAAGUUAAAGAGAGUACUUUAAAGUAAAGCAGGAGACUGUUGCUCAACCAUCAGGAAACAGUUGUAGUCAGAAGACAUCAUUGGUCCUGUGUUUCCUACGGAAAUAAGAAACAAUAAAUGUUGCACUGAA